GAGCUGAUGGCAGCAUCUGGAGAGUGGGUGGAUGCUGGUGAUCCUGCAGAGAUUUCGGAAGUAUUGCUAGCACAAAUGAGAAGGGCCGCUAUGGAAAAAGAGUUGAAAGAAAAGGAAAAUGAGAUUAAUGGACAGAGUAAGGGAUUGAAAACAUAUUCCUUUGUGAACGUGGAGGAUAUGGAGGAAUCGAUCUCAGUGAAGACUCCUAUGCUUUCGAAAAGGAAUCUUACUCUACCAACGAUAGCUACUCCAAGCUUGCUUGCCGUUCCGUCAGACUCAGAGGACGCCGAUGUAGACGAUGAUAGCGAUGACAGCGAUGAGAGCGAUAUAAGCGAUGUAAGCGAAGUAGAUGGUGUAGAACAAGAGAAGCCUGCAAAACGUAAAAAACCGUUUGCACGUUCACGCGAACGAUUGAAGAAACGCAUGCGUAGGCUGAGCCUUCCUAAGAUUCCCAACAUGAAUUUGGAACCUGGCAUGCCUCAUUUCCUUCCCGCCCUAAAAUCUGAAAUGGUUUCGUUGAAGUCUGAAGUGGUUUCAUCCAAAGACUAUAUUCGCAGAAAAUCUUGCGAAUUGAGAACAAACAUUCUUAACAUUAUCAGCAAAGAAAGUAAAAUUUGA